GCCCCCGGUCUCUUAGGUGAUGCUGCAGCCAAGAUGGCGCUGGCGGCAGCCGCGGCGGCCUGAGCGUCAUGCUCCGGGCUCUCGGAGGCGGCUGCGGCGGCUGUGGCCUCGGCCAGGGCCUCGAGUCUCUCCCGAGAGUGAGCGCUCCGGCGCUUCUCCUCCGGCCCGGUGAGGCGAGACUGAGAGGAGACCACCGCGAAGAGAGGAGGAGGCUGUGAGGAGCGGCGAGAGAGCGGCGCUCGAGCCCGGCAGGCACCAUGGCUGGGAUCAUCAAGAAACAGAUCCUGAAGCACCUCUCCAGAUUCACCAAAAACUUAUCUCCUGACAAAAUAAACCUAAGCACUCUUAAAGGAGAGGGUGAACUGAAGAACCUGGAGCUGGAUGAGGAGGUGCUCCAGAACAUGCUGGAUUUGCCCACCUGGCUGGCCAUCAACAAGGUGUUUUGUAAUAAAGCGUCCAUCAGGAUUCCAUGGACAAAACUGAAGACACACCCCAUCUGUUUGUCUCUAGAUAAAGUAAUAAUGGAGAUGAGUACAUGUGAAGAGCCACGAGCCCCUAACGGUCCAUCGCCAAUUGCAACUGCUUCAGGACAGAGCGAAUAUGGCUUUGCUGAAAAGGUUGUUGAGGGAAUUACUGUUUCUGUCAAUUCUAUUGUCAUCAGAAUUGGAGCGAAAGCUUUCAAUGCCUCCUUUGAACUUUCUCAGCUCCGUAUCUACAGUGUCAACGCACAGUGGGAACAUGGAGACCUGAGGUUUACUCGGAUUCAGGAUCCACAGAGAGGAGAGGUUUUGACAUUUAAAGAAAUAAAUUGGCAGAUGAUUCGAAUUGAGGCAGACGCUACCCAGAGUUCACAUCUUGAAAUUAUGUGCGCUCCUGUUCGAUUAAUAACUAAUCAGUCAAAAAUCCGAGUCACCCUUAAAAGAAGAUUAAAAGACUGCAAUGUCAUUGCAACAAAGUUAGUACUAAUACUGGAUGAUUUGUUAUGGGUUUUAACGGAUUCCCAAUUGAAAGCUAUGGUGCAAUAUGCAAAGUCUCUUAGUGAAGCAAUAGAAAAAUCAACAGAACAAAGGAAGAGCAUGGCUCCUGAACCUACUCAGAGCUCUGCAGUCACUUCAUCUGCACAGCACGUCAAGACCCCACAGGCCACCAAUGCUCCUGACCUAAGCGAUGCAAUUGUGAAACUCUUCAAUGACUUUGAUGUGAAGGAAACCUCUCAUCAUCUAGUGAUUUCCCAUCUAGAUCUACACAUCUGUGAUGAUAUCCAUGCAAAAGAAAAAGAGUCGAAUAGACGUAUUAGUGGAGGUGCUAUGCAACUCUCUUUCACACAGCUGACCAUAGACUAUUAUCCUUAUCAUAAAGCAGGAGAUAGUUGCAGUCACUGGAUGUAUUUUAGUGAUGCAACUAAGACAAAAAACGGAUGGGCUAACGAGCUGUUACAUGAAUUCGAAUGCAACGUUGAAAUGCUUAAGCAGGCUAUGAAGGACCAUAAUUUAGGUUCUCCUAAAUCCCCAACACAUUCCUCUCCCCAGCACACACAAACAGAGAAAGACUCAACUCUGAAAGGGACUCCUAAAACACCUUCAGUAUUAUCUCAACCAUCAAAAGCUAAGCUCAUGUCUAGUUCUGUUGUUGUUAGACUUGCAGAUUUCAAUAUAUAUCAGGUCUCUACAGCAGAACAAUGUCGUUCUUCCCCUAAAAGUAUGAUUUCCUGCAACAAAAAAUCUCUGUAUCUUCCACAAGAAAUGUCAGCUAUCUAUAUAGAAUUCACAGAAUAUUACUAUCCAGAUGGGAAAGAUUUUCCAAUUCCGUCUCCUAACUUAUAUAGCCAGCUGAAUGCACUACAGUUUACCGUAGAUGAAAGAAGCAUUCUGUGGUUAAACCAGUUUCUACUGGAUUUAAAACAGAGUCUUAAUCAGUUCAUGGCUGUGUACAAGUUGAAUGACAGUUCCAAAUCUGAUGAGCAUGUUGAUAUUCGAGUGGAUGGCUUAAUGCUAAAGUUUGUCAUUCCUUCUGAAGUGAAGCCAGGCUGCCAUCAAGAUCAGCCUCACACGGUGUCUAUUCAGAGCUCCGAAAUGAUAGCCACCAACACCAGGCACUGUCCAAACUGCCGGCAUUCUGAUCUAGAAGCUUUGUUUCAAGACUUUAAAGAUUGUGACUUUUUUAGCAAAACUUAUACUAGAUUCCCCAAAUCUUGUGACAGUUUUAAUCUUCUACAUCCGAUCUUCCAGAGACAUGCCCAUGAACAAGAUACCAAAAUGCAUGAGGUUUAUAAAGGGACUAUUAUCCCUAAAUUGAAUAAAAACACUCUUAAAAUGUCUGCUGCCACCGAUGUGUGGGCGGUGUACUUCUCCCAGUUUUGGAUAGACUAUGAAGGGAUGAAAAGCGGGAAGGGGCGGCCAAUAAGCUUUAUAGACGCUUUUCCUCUGUCUAUCUGGAUUUGUCAGCCAACAAGAUACGCAGAGUUACAGAAAGAGUUUCAGACUUGUGAUCAAGUGACCCUUAAUACCUCACAAAGUGAAUCCAGUGAUCUGGCUGGCCGAAUGAAGAGGAAGAAACUCUUGAAGGAGUAUUACAGUACAGAGUCUGAGCCUUUGACCAAUGGUGGUCAGAGACCUUCAUCGGACGCCUUUUUAAGAUUUUCCUCUUCGUCUUCAGAUGCGGAUGUUCACAUCCUGGUCCGAGUUCAUAAACAUGUCAGUAUGCAGAUCAAUCACUACCAAUAUCUACUGCUGCUUUUCAUACACGAGUCUCUCGUUCUGCUUUUGGAUACCUUGCGGAAGGAUGUAGAAGCUGUGACUGGCAGCCCUGCUACCCAGACUUCAGUUUGCGUUGGAGUUUUACUUCGGAGUGCGGAGCUUGCCCUGCUGCUUCAUCCAGUGAAUCACACGAGCACUCUGCGCUCUCCUGCUUCUGAGAGCGGGAGCCCGCUGCUUCCUGACUUCCUGCCAGCAGAAAAUGGGGGUUUUUUAUCUUCAAAGAGAAAACAAGGUGGUAGUGGUAUACAUCGAAUUAGAAAUGCUACUCUCAAUCAUAUGUCAGACAACAGGUCCAUGAGUGUUGACCUUAGCCAUGCCCCUUUAAAGGAUCCUGUGCUUUUUAAAUCAGCCAGUGACACAAACCUGCAAAAAGGCACUUCUUUUCUAGACUAUUUAUCAGAUAAACAUUUAGGGAAAAUCAGUGAAGAUGAAAGUAGUGGACUUGCUUACAAGAGUGGCUCAGGAGAAAUGACCUCAGAAGUGUGUCACACAAAGGAUGUGGCUUGCACAGACUCAGAUAGUGUCUUAAACUACAGAGGUGUCUCAACUAUGCUUUCCCUGGAUAACGGCAGCAACCAAAACACACCUUCAAAUACUGUAACUGGUAAGGGAAAUGAAACCAUACACUCCAUCUUCAGAGCUGAAGAGUUCCUUUCUGAAGCAGCUCCACUCUCUGAGAACCUGGAGAGUUGUAAAGAAGAGGCCCCCACAGCCAGAGCACUUAAACCCCAGCCAUCUUUAAGUGUUAAAUCUAAGGAACGUUGCCCACCCACCCCAGCUCCACUCUCUGUUUCCUACAAGAACAUGAAGAGGAGCGCCUCCCAGAUCUCCCUGGACACCCUUUCCCUGGACAGUAUGGGGUUGGAAGAGCAGCUGGAGAGUGAUGGAAGCGAUAGUCACGUGCUGCUGGGGAAGGCAAUGAAAAGGAACUCAAAUGCAAGUUGCCAGAGCCCAGCAGAGAGUGUGAACACCACAAAUGUACAGGAUUGUGGGGAAGCCUCGCCAGAUGCUGUCAGCACCAACUCAGAGGGUACACAGGAGAACCGCGAUGAUUUGAUGUCAGUUGUGGUGUUUAAAAUCACUGGCGUUAAUGGGGAAAUUGACAUCCGAGGAGAAGAUACAGAAGUCUGUCUUCAGGUGAACCAGGUGACACCAAGUCAGUUAGGCAAUGUCAGUCUGCGGCAUUACCUUGGUAACCGGCCAAUUGGUUCUGACCCGAAAGCUAUAAUUCAUCCUAAAUCCUCUCCUGAGAUUUCUCUGAGGUUUGAAAGUGGGCCAGGUGCUGUCGUACACUCUUUGCUUGCAGAAAAAAAUGGAUUUCUCCAAUGCCACAUAGAGAACUUUACCACUGAGUUUCUCGCGUCUUCCCUUUUGAAUAUUCAACACUUCCUGGAGGAUGAAACUGUAGCAACAGUGAUGCCCAUGAAGAUCCAAGUGUCUAACACGCAGAUACACUUGAAAGAUGACAGUCCCCGGGGUAGCACAGUGUCCCUCCAGCCAAGUCCCGUGACUGUGCAUAUUGAUCAUCUCGUGGUGGAGAGGAACGAUGAUGGCUCUUUCCACAUCAGAGAUUCUCACUUGUUUAAUACUGGGACUGAUUUCAAAGACCAUGCCAGCAACGAUUCAGUGGUGCGGCCCCAGGGGACGAGUGACGUGAGGAAAAAAAGCAGUGUCACCCAAGCCACCCAGACGAGCCCGGAGGUUCCUUCACCUUCACAGUCAGCUCCCUUUCCUGAGUGCUUGGUUGACAUUACAAGGGAACAGCUCAUGGAGGAAAACGAGUGUCUUAGGCAGAAGCUGGCUCAAGCUAAGAUAGAGCUUGCGGAGGCUCACUCAGCCAGAGACGAGCUUCUCCAUCAGAUGAAGAGGAUGGCCCUUGAGUAGCUGCCGUGGCCAUGAGAAUGUGGGUUAGAGCUCUGGAGAAGGAAGGUUGUGUUUCAAAUAAGGAUGUAACCACUCAGUGGGAAGUUUUCUUUUAUGUGAAAAUAAAGCGCAUGGUGAAGCGGUGGCUGUUCCAAACCCUGUUGAGGAACCCUUGGGUGCAAGCAAACGGUACAAUCAGCUGGGUGGCCCAGUGAAGGCUGCACACACUGUCACACAGCCACACAUCUAAUGAGAAAUGUCACUUCCUAACUUGAGUGUCUCAUCAUAAGCAUUUUUACAAGACAAAUGAAGACCUGGUGUGCUCAUGCAGAUUGCUGAAUUUAUUUCUCUUUGUUUUGUUAAUAGUUUACUAUUAUUUACAAAAAAGAGAUGCUUUUAGGGCUAAUGUAAAAGAAAAGUAGGCUUACAGUUUAGAUGGUAUUAAAAUUAUGUACUUAAUCUAUAAUUAUUUAAUUGUUGUAAAAAGUCCAAUCAGAUUAAUAAAUUAUAGAAUUACCGAGUUUACAAAUGGAAAACUCUUGACCCUACUGAGCUUAUGAAGCAACUUGGAAAUGUGAAAGGAGGGUCACCUUAAGUGACAGGGAGGCUUCAGGAAGGCACCCAUGUAAAAUCAAAGCACAAUGUCAGGGCAUACGAGCAAGUGACUUAAAAUCAUUACUUGUACAUUCCAGUAAAUGUGUAUCAUUAGAAGUAAAAAGGCAAUUUAUCUUGCUAUAUUUGGCAGUAUUUGUAACUAUAAAAAAUUUAAUUAAUACUAUUUUAAUAAUUCUUUAUCUUUCCUUUUUAAGGAGAAUGUUUUCAGAGAAUUUGUUUUUCACACACAUAAAACAAUUUCAUACCAUUCCUGUAGCAUCAUAUUACACACGUUUGCUCAUAUGAAUAUAUAAAGCCAGUUUUGAUUAGAUUUCUGUGAUGUGUGUCUAUGUGUGUAUAUAUGUGUGUGCACACACAUACACACACAGUCUUCUAUAGGAGUCAUUGGUAAAUUUUGAAAUCUAUUUUCUAUGGAUAAGGUUGAAAACACCAUGAGAGAAUCAUAAUUAUGAAAUAAAGUACAUGAGUAUUUUAAGAAACAGGUUUUUGAAGAUGAUAUAUUUCUGAUAGAAUUAAAGUAAGUGGUGUCUAUUUUAAACUUCACAUUCCUCAAUAUAACUAUAUCCAGCUAGGCCAUGAGACCGCUGGACUGUUCUUUCUUUAAGGUACUUGGAAAUCCUGGCCCUUGCUCUGACAUCACGGUGCUUUGCAUGUUGGCCGGAAUUACAGCCAUCCCUGUAUUGGAGGACUUGGCAGAAAUCACAUACGUCAUUACAUCACGUGUUGAAGUGAUUGAAAUUUUAUUGUGAGCAGUAUUUACCUCCCUCCUCCCCAUAUCAUCCUUUUCAGUUGACAUCAUUUGAAAAAAAAAAAAAAACCAAAAAAAAAACAGGCACUGUUUGGGAGUCAACACACAGCCAAGAACAAAUGAAAUCGUUACUAUAUUACCUCAGAGUAUUUACACCACCACGUGAAAACUUUGUUCCUCUAAGCUGUAUGUAGCCUUAGAUGAAGUGUGGAGGUCUAAUUAGAGCUUCAGAGUGGACACUCUGCUAACUUUGGAUGUCUGGUGUGGAUUCAGCAAGAGCAGUCUCACAGAGGACGAUGGAUGGGACAUGAACUUCUGAGCUGACGCUGUUUCUCAGGACUGACCUGUUCUACAUAAACAUACAAGUUUUCUAUGGAACAAUGUUAUACUGUUUAAUGUUAUUAGACACUGAAUGUUUUCCUUAUUCCUUUAAGAUGUAUAUGGCCUUCCCAUGAAAUUGUAUAAACAACAGAGCUGACAAUAUGCUGAGCAGUCCAUA